GCGCGCGCUCCGACGGCACCCGAGACUUUGAGCUGCCAAGAUGGUGUUGACCGACGACGACAAGAGCCACGUGAAGCACGUUUGGAGCGUGAUCCAGGCCCACGCCGGGGACAUUGGCGCCGAUGCCAUCACCAGGAUGUUCGCGGCGCACCCCACCACUAAGACCUACUUCGCGCACAAAGACGUGAACCCCGGCUCCGCCGACAUCAAGGUGCACGGCAAGAAGGUCGCGGCGGCCAUCGGCGAGGCCGUGGCGCACAUCGACAACAUCGCCGGCGCCCUCGACAAGCUCAGCGACCUGCACGCCCAGAAACUGCGCGUGGACCCCGUCAACUUCCCGCUGCUGGGCCACUGCUUCCUGGUGUCCAUCGCCGCCCACCACCCGGAGCUCCUCAAGGCCAGCACCCUCGUCUCCAUGGACAAGUUCCUGGGCCGCGUCGGCGCCGUGCUGACCUCCAAGUACCGCUAGGCCCCACGAAGCCCAGGCCCGCCGCAGAGGAGCCGCCUCGACGCCGCCCCGCGACCCCCAAACCCCACAAUAAACCUGCUCUUGACUCUC